GCCGGGGGAGCGAGCUGGGGAAGACGGAGCGGGCUCUGCGCCGGGCGGGCGGGCGGCGGCGGGGCGGCCAGCGACCGCAGCCGGGGCGACGCGGGAGGAUGGAGCAAGUGGAGAUUCUGAGGAAAUUCAUCCAGAGGGUCCAGGCCAUGAAGAGUCCGGACCACAACGGGGAGGACAACUUCGCUCGGGACUUCAUGCGAUUAAGAAGAUUGUCUACCAAAUACAGAACGGAAAAGAUUUAUCCCACAGCCACUGGAGAAAAAGAAGAAAAUGUUAAAAAGAACAGAUAUAAGGACAUACUGCCAUUUGAUCACAGCCGAGUUAAGUUGACUCUAAAGACUCCUUCUCAAGAUUCAGACUAUAUCAAUGCAAAUUUUAUUAAGGGUGUUUAUGGGCCAAAAGCAUACGUGGCAACCCAAGGUCCUUUAGCAAAUACAGUAAUAGAUUUUUGGAGGAUGAUAUGGGAGUACAAUGUUGUAAUCAUUGUAAUGGCCUGUCGAGAAUUUGAGAUGGGAAGGAAAAAGUGUGAGCGCUAUUGGCCUUUGUAUGAAGAAGACCCUAUAACAUUUGCACCAUUUAAAAUUUCUUGUGAAGCUGAACAAGCAAGACCAGACUACUUCAUUAGGACACUCUUACUUGAAUUCCAGAAUGAAUCUCGGAGGCUAUAUCAGUUUCAUUAUGUGAACUGGCCAGACCAUGAUGUUCCUUCAUCAUUUGAUUCUAUUCUGGAUAUGAUAAGCUUAAUGAGGAAAUACCAAGAACAUGAAGAUGUGCCUAUUUGUAUCCAUUGCAGUGCAGGCUGUGGAAGAACAGGUGCCAUUUGUGCCAUAGAUUAUACGUGGAAUUUGUUAAAAGCUGGGAAAAUACCAGAGGAGUUUAAUGUAUUUAAUUUAAUACAAGAAAUGAGAACACAGAGGCAUUCUGCAGUACAAACUAAGGAGCAGUAUGAGCUUGUUCAUAGAGCUAUUGCCCAAUUGUUUGAAAAACAGCUACAACUGUAUGAGAUUCAUGGAGUCCAAAAAAUUGCUGAUGGAGUGAAUGAAAUUAACACUGAAAAUAUGGUCAGCUCCAUAGAUUCUGACAAACAAGAUUCUCCUCCUCCAAAACCACCAAGGACUCGCAGUUGCCUCGUAGAAGGGGAUGCUAAGGAAGAAAUACUGCAGCCACCAGAGCCUCACCCAGUGCCACCCAUUUUGACACCUUCUCCCCCUUCAGCUUUUCCAACAGUCACUACUGUGUGGCAGGACAAUGACAGAUACCAUCCGAAGCCCGUGUUGCAUGUGGUUUCAUCAGAACAACAUUCAACAGACCUCAACAGAAAUUAUAAUAAAUCAGCAGAACUUCCAGGGAAAAAUGAAUCAAUUGAACAUAUAGAUAAAAAAUUGGAGCGAAAUUUAAGUUUUGAAAUUAAGAAGGUCCCUCUCCAAGAGGGACCAAAAAGUUUUGAUGGGAACACACUCUUGAAUAGGGGACAUGCAAUUAAAAUUAAAUCAGCUUCACCUUGUAUAAUUGAUAAAAUCUCUAAGUCACAGGAAUUGGGUUCAGGGGAUCUGAAAGUUGAUAUUUCUCAGAAUUCUUGUGUGGACUACAGUGGAACACUGUCAAAUAAAGCUCCAGUUAAUCUACCAGAAGAAUCACAGAAGAAUUCAGACACACCUCCAAGGCCAGACUGCUUGCCUCUUGAUGAAGAAGGACAUGUAACGUGGUCAUUUCAUGGACCCGAAAAUACCUUACCCCUGCCUGAUUCAUCUGAAGCGACAUCCUCAGAUACCCACUGUCAAACAGUGAAAACUGUGAGUUUAACACCAAGCCCCACAAAGCAAGUCGAAACCCAUGAUCUUGUGGAUCAUCAUAGCAGUUCACCUCUAUUCGGAGCACCCCUCAGUUUUACUAAUCCUCUUCACUCGGAUGACUCAGACUCAGAUGAAAGGAACUGUGACAGUGCUGUGUCCAAGAAUAAAACUAAUAUUUCAACAGCAAGUGCCACAGUUUCUGCUUCCACUAGUACUGAAAGCAUAUCUACAAGGAAAGUAUUGCCAAUGUCCAUUGCUAGGCAUGGUAUAGCAGGAACAAUACAUUCAGGUGCUGAAAAAGAUGUUGAUGUUAGUGAAGAUUUACCUCCUCCUCUCCCUGAAAGAACUCCUGAAUCUUUUGUAUUAGCAAGUGAACAUAAUACACCUGUAAGAUCUGAAUGGAGUGAACUUCAAAGUCAGGAAGAAUCUGAAAAAAAAUCUGAAGGCUUGAUAACCUCUGGGAGUGAAAAAUGUGCUUCUCUCUCCGGAUGUUUGCCUAAUGGGGCUCCAUAUCAGCUAUUACUCUCUAUCUACUUUUCUGAGGCAACAUAUUAUAUCAGGAGGUAUUCACCCGGAGACUUGUACAGAAUGUCCACCCACUUCCAGUAACAAGAAAGAUCCAAUACCACAAAGUCCAACAAAAGCCACCGAUAUUGGUUUUGGUAAUCGCUGUGGAAAACCCAAAGGACCAAGAGGUCCACCUUCAGAAUGGACAUGAUUCAGGGAGCCAAAAACCACUUUAAAUUAUACUGGAAAAUUCAAGUGCCACUGAAAGCCAGAUUUAUAGUAUUCCUUCUUUAAAAUGUGGGACUAACCGCAGUGUAGAUUGUUACCUUUGCAUUUUUUGCCGGGACUAUCUACCUGCUUUACUACAUACACUUAGGAAAAAGUAUUACAUAUGGUGUUUUUUUUUUCUUGUGUGUGUGUUUUUUUUGUUAACUUCAAGUAUUAUUGCCUUAAUGUCUCUUAACCCUGUUACACGCUGCUUGUAGACAUGUUAAUAUAGUAAUACUUUUAUUAUAAAUUGAGUUUAAGGACUACUCUUUUGCUAAUGUUUUAUCAUGUAUGCAUUAUUUUGUAUAUGUACAGGGCAAGUAGGUAUAUAAUUUGACAAAGUUGUAGUCAUAAAAUAUUAUUAACAGAAGAUGUAAAAUUUCUGCAUGGUCUAAAUCUCUGUGUACUUUAUUUGUAAAUUAUAUGCCCUGAAGUUUUAGAAAAUAGUUUCUGAAUUUUAAAAUUGCUGGAUUCAUGCAGCCAGCAUUGCAGGUUAUCAGAAAUCAAAGAUUGUAAUAAUAAUACAUUUUGUAAAUUGUAAGCAAAAAGUUAUUUUUAUAUUAUAUACUGUUUGUCUAUCCUAAUUGUUCUUGUUUUCAUCUAGUCAUGGAGAUUCAGUAAGUGCCUUGGAACAAUAUUGAAUUCUCUUAGCUUAUGUGUGUUACUUUAAUAUUUGAACUCAACUGGGAUUAGGAGACUAUCAAACUAUAUGUAUGUUUCAGGAUAUUUGACCUGCCAUUAAAAAAACAAUUUUACAGUG